GCGAGGGGCGGCCGGGUGUGAGUGUGUGUGGGGGUGGGGGCGAGUGUGUGUGGGAGUGGGGGGUGAGGGAGAGCCACACCGACCGCGAGGCUGUGAGAAAGUGGGCGAGUGUGCGAGGGCGCCCGGCCUGGCUGCGGGAGCCGCGGUGGUGGAAGAGAAAGGAGGCGGCUCCCGGCAUCCCGACCCCCUCCCCCUCCUCUCGUUCUCGGACCUCCAGCCCGCCCGGCAGCCCGCGGUUCUGUCGGAAGCCACAGCCCGGCUCCGCUGGCGGAGAGCGAGGGAGGAGCCGCCCGAGCCAGAAAGAAUCGGCAUUCAGGAGGAAAUAAUCCAAGAGAAGGAAGACCAAGCAGAUCAAGAUGUGUAGCUCUGUGGCAGCCAAGUUGUGGUUUUUGACAGAUCGUCGAAUCAGAGAAGACUAUCCCCAAAAAGAGAUUUUACGAGCAUUAAAGGCCAAAUGUUGUGAGGAGGAAUUGGACUUUAGGGCCGUGGUGAUGGAUGAGGUGGUACUGACAAUCGAGCAAGGAAACCUGGGUCUACGGAUCAAUGGAGAACUAAUAACUGCCUAUCCCCAAGUGGUGGUAGUGAGAGUUCCAACCCCUUGGGUGCAAAGUGAUAGUGACAUAACUGUUCUGCGCCAUUUAGAGAAGAUGGGAUGUCGGUUGAUGAACCGACCUCAAGCCAUCCUGAACUGUGUUAAUAAAUUUUGGACUUUUCAAGAGUUGGCUGGCCAUGGUGUUCCUCUGCCAGAUACUUUCUCUUAUGGCGGUCAUGAAAAUUUUGCUAAAAUGAUUGAUGAAGCAGAAGUACUGGAGUUUCCAAUGGUAGUGAAGAAUACACGAGGUCAUAGAGGCAAAGCGGUUUUCUUGGCUCGAGAUAAGCACCAUUUGGCUGAUCUAAGCCAUCUUAUUCGCCAUGAAGCUCCAUACCUGUUCCAGAAGUAUGUUAAGGAGUCUCAUGGACGGGAUGUCCGUGUCAUUGUUGUGGGAGGCCGUGUGGUUGGCACCAUGUUACGUUGUUCAACAGAUGGAAGGAUGCAAAGCAACUGCUCACUAGGUGGUGUGGGGAUGAUGUGCUCUUUGAGUGAACAGGGGAAGCAGCUAGCUAUCCAGGUGUCUAAUAUCCUGGGGAUGGAUGUGUGUGGCAUUGACCUAUUGAUGAAAGAUGACGGCUCCUUCUGUGUCUGCGAGGCCAAUGCAAAUGUAGGUUUCAUCGCCUUUGAUAAGGCUUGUAAUCUAGAUGUAGCUGGUAUCAUAGCGGACUAUGCCGCCUCCCUCCUGCCCUCUGGCCGGCUCACCCGGCGUAUGUCCCUGCUCUCCGUGGUGUCCACGGCCAGUGAGACUAGUGAGCCGGAGCUGGGUCCCCCAGCCAGCACUGCUGUCGACAACAUGAGCGCAAGUUCCAGCUCUGUUGACAGUGACCCUGAAAGCACCGAGCGAGAGCUGCUCACCAAGCUCCCAGGGGGCCUGUUCAACAUGAACCAGCUGAUAGCCAAUGAGAUCAAACUCCUGGUGGAGUGACUCCACCGGUAAAUAAUUACCAACAACUCCCUUGUAAAACUCACUUUCUUUUUCUUCUUUUUUCUUUCUUUCUUUUUUUUUUUUUUAACCAACUUGCAAUGCUGUUCAUGGAAGGUACUCAGGAAGAUGAGAGAAAAUUGAGUAGAGUUAGUCAGGAGAGAAGCAAGGGGAGCUAGAUUAGACCUCUGCUAUUAAGAUGUUACUGACUUUCAUUUACAGAUACCACAGAUAGAAUGGCAGAAGAGGUGAGACACAGAGAAGUGUCAGGCUUUUAUACUUACCCUUUUAAAUUACUCAAUGUGUAUGUUCUCAGGCCAUGAAGAACACAGUUUUGUUCACGGCCCCUUUUGCUUUUGUACAAUUGCUACAAAUUUUGGCAUAGCGUAACUUCACAUUACGUUGCAAAGAUUUGUAAUGAGAGAGGAAAAGAUCUACCUAAAUUAUAGGAAUUUUUACAGAUCUGAGAAUUCUGCCUCUACCAUAUUAACUAGCAAGUUUAUGUUCAUAGUUUAUGAAGUCUUGAGGUGCUCUUUUACUGGAAUUUUAUUAUUUCUGUUUUUUGGUUUUCCUUUAAUUUGGGUGGGAGGGCAACAUUGAUAUAAUCCAAUAAAGGUUUCUUAAUGACAGAAUUGGCAUUUUCGUAUGAUGAAAGGGAAAUGAACAGUAUUGCAAUGUGUGGUACACAAAAUGACAUUUAUUCCAAUGUAGAUAAAAUUACACUAGUUUAAAAUAUGUGCGUUGACUUGUAUUUGUUAGUGUUUUAAUCUUUUUUGAAAGAUAUAUGCUCUGUUAAUGUUGCAAUUUUUUUUUAAUACAUGCUAGUCUAACAUUCCCUGAUCUAUGCCUGCAUCUUUAACAAUGGCCAAAGUGAAGAAAGUGCUACCUUUUUUGUUAACAAGACACUGACUUGAAACAUGUGCAUUUAAAGCCUUUUCCUUUUUUUCUUUUGGUGGUUGGGCAUUUAAAGUAUAAGGACAAGGAAAAAUAUUUUUGGGGGGCAGAUUAAGGGCCUAUAAGUUCUUAAGUAUAAAGCUGAAGUGAUUUUAUAAUACCAGCAUUAUAUAUUUGCAUUUUUCACAUUUUAGGAGGGAGUAUAUAUAUAUGUGUGUGUGUGUGCACGCAUGCAUGUGUAUGUGUUUUGCUUUUUGUUUACACCAACCAGUCAAAAAAGGAUAGAGUCUAGAAAAUGGAGCAUGAUGGGAAACACAGUUUUUAUUUUAAAUAUCAGAUAACUUGUUUUAAUAACUACACUGGGUUAGAGGUACUCACUAAAGACAUAAAGAGACUAGAUGCUUCUUAGGCCUUUUUAUGUAUAUGUAUGUUGUUUGGUUUUUUCUUUGGUUCUAAACUGUUCAGUGUAUGAUUUCUUUAAGGCUACAUGCUUUUCUAUGCUUCUGGCUGUGCAUUUUCUCCUAUUAUACAGAGGUUUUAGGGUGGGGUGGGUUGGACGUUUUUGUUUGGGGACUUAUUUUGCAGUAUUAAGUCUCUUAUAGCCCAACUCUGAAGCCUUCAGUACUGUCCACUCUUUAUAUUCCUUUAAUUUCUGAAUUUAUAAAAGCCCCCAAAUGGCAUAUAACAUGAGCCUUUAAAACAUGGGUAAAUCUAUUUGAAUAAUGGGUUUGGAAGCUGUGUUAAGAAAUGGAGAUGCUCCAGAGCUCAACGUAAUUUUUUUUAAACAGCAAGUUCCAUCUUACUGCAAUCCUCUGAAGCUUUUACCCGAGUCCUUUCUUGCCUCUCCAGUGCUUUUUUCCUUCAGAUGGACCUUAAACAUAAUUUCUUGGACACUACUAGAGAGACUUCGAGGCAAUAAUAAAAGAUCAGUACUAACCAGCUCUAACAGAGGUUUGAUCAUGCUUGUACAGUUUUGCCCCCAUUUUAAAAAGGAAUGUAAUAAAAUUUGUUUUUUUUUUCCAUAGAAUUAAAUAAUAUUAAAGUUGAGUGAAAGGUUGAUUGUUGGCAAAUAGAAUAGUACCUCUAAUCUGUGCAGUGUUUCAUUUCACCUCAAAAAGAUGAUAAUAAGAAGAUUUUCUAAUUUAUUUUAGGAUAUCCUAAUCUCAUAUAAAAGAGUUUGACUUGCAUAGGGUUUUUUUUGGCCUUAAUGUAUGUUUAUAAGUACCUCUGACUCAUUAACAGAAAGAAAUACUUGGUACUUCUUUCACUGAAUGACCAUAGGAGGAUGCAUAUUUGG